UACCAUCCUCUUUGUUUUUGCUUCCGGUGGUUCACACCCACGUGUCUCAGUAUGGCAUGUUUGACUUAUAUGGUGGGAGUACCCAGCCAGCGUGUUUAGCUGUCUAUCACCAUUGCUGCAUUAAUUCAUUCUUAAUUUCGAACUUGUUUUAUUCUCAACGCUCCUUUCACCUACACUAUUCAAUUCUCCAUUUCUUCUCUCGAUGCGCAGACUCUGUUGAGCAAGGUCGAAGACUGGAGAACUUUUUCUGGCGACUCUGGCAAAGAGAGACCUUUGUUGUUGGCAAACAGGAGAAGACUGCUCCUACCACUCAUUCUCUCUCCCAUAACAUUCCUUCCGAGCCGAGGAGACCUAAUCUGCCUCAACUAUCUGGCAGUGUUGGGUCUCUCGUAGAUGCGAAGUAAUCGCGGACGCCACAUCAGCCCCGAGGACUUCAAGAAGAUGAUUGUUUCCAUCGCCAAGGACAAGGGUCUUCUGUCAACCCAUCGCCAUGAUGCUCACGUCGCCAAGGAGUCCUUGCCAGUUCCUCCAGCCCUCGAGCGAUCUGGUUCUACUACAACCGAGUCACAAUCGCCUGCAAAGCCCAUCACAGCUUCAGAGAGUUCACCAGAACCUUUGCUUCAAAAUCCUCCCCGCACUACUGUCGUGCGUGGCUUCUUGCCUUCCCAGAUUCCUACCCCUCGAACUAUUCCCGGUGCUGCUCAAUCAUCAGACGCGAUUCCUGAGCCUGAGUCAUCGCCUGUGUCUAAUGAACAGGGCCAGAGCCUCAGCAACAGCAAACUCAAAAUAGAGGAUGAGGCUCUUUUAGACUCGGAUACCGACGACUACAUCGACGAGGGCGCCAUUGAUGAUGAUGACGACUCUUCGGAUUGGGAGGACGCGACGGAGGAGAGCGGCAAAUCCAGCAUGGACGAUAAGUUCUUCCAGCGAGUGGAUUCUAAGCCCAACUUGACCUCACGACGAUCGCUCAUUACCCUCAUGCUUGCCCAGAAUGAUCGCGCACGCACUCUUGGUAACCACGCUUCUCAAUCGACUUCAGCCAUUCCACGAUCUUGUAUGGCCCACGGCCCAUCAUUGGGUGCCUCGCCUAAUGAUUCUGACGAGGCUCCCCUGAUGAUGAAGGGCAUGCGUGGUCCUGGUCUCAAGCCUAUUCGUGAGGUGCCUAGUUCUAGCGCUCAACCCAUCAUGACUGGCCCCAAUCGCAUUCAGCCUCAAGCUGCGCUGUCACCUCGGACCACUCGUCGCAACAUGUUGGCGGCUGAAUUGACCGAGUCUCUUCGACGCCACCUCCUCUGGGAGCGACAGCAGAAGUCGUCGACAGCCAAUGCCGUCCUCAAGCGACGCCAUAAAUCACAUGAUGUGGCCAAUUUGAAGCAGUACCCGGAGAGGCCUUGCAUGAAGAGCGAGUAUGUGAACUCGAGCAGCCAGAGGCAGUACUUUUCCGUUGAGGCCAACCGCGGAUACCACUCCAGCGGAUGGUGAAUAUUCACAGAUCUAUAUUAAUACAAAUUGUACAUAAAUUUCGAUAGCAGGGCAAAUUGCAUUGAAUUUCUAGCUAGCAACCUUGAUCCUAUCUUCUUCUGCUGAUAAUAAUUUGGGAUGCAUCUUGGGACUUUAAUGCCAAGGUCGGCGCUCUCCUGCCGUGAGCUGUACCAUGGAAGCUUGAAACGAGGAAGUCGUGGUUGAGUUACUCCAGAUAGCCUCCUCAUAUACUUCAAGCUGGGUCGACCCGGGUGAGAAUGCUACGAGUCAAGAAUGGGAAUGUUUCCAGAUAGUAAUUGUAUACAAAUCACUACGGUGCAGCAGGGACUUCAAUAAAAGCUGAUUGCUGUUGCGUAGUGUUUCGAGAGGAAGGGCUAUCGUUGCAUGUGAAUUAGCAG